CUAAUCUUGGGAUCAGUCAAAACUCGUGGCACUUACGUAAUAAGUUAACCAAACAAGGUCGUUUACCUUUGCACCUGCCGAUAAAUCGAAGUUCAAAGUUGAAACUUACGAAAUGAAUAAUUUUCGCUGAGCCGAGAAUCAUUGGUACGAGGACUCAGGAGUCCGUUUAUUUGGGAGAAAGAAGAAGAAUUUUGUUGCUCCUUUAAAGUCCUGGUUUGAAUUCAACAUUCUUUCAAGUGAACUACACCAAGCAUCAGAUUGCUUUCCGUUAAAUGGAAUAGGAUUCCGCCAUUCUGUCUUUCUAUUUGACCAAAAGAAAAAAGGUUACUGUUGAUUGAUGAUUUUGCGGUUGUACCAGAAUGAAUAUCUGAUAGUGCUUUUCGCUUCUUGUUGGUGUUUCAUUAUGGUAGGGGGUUGGUGCAUAGACAGGCGUUACUAAUAGUGUUCACUGGCUCAGCCAAAAAAUAGUGUUCACUGAAAAUUGGGAAUUGCAUUUGUGUCGAAGACAAGGAGAUGGGGUCUGAAGGACCAAAGGCUGUAACUAUUCAUGUAACUGGAUUUAAGAAGUUUCAAGGGGUUGCUGAAAAUCCAACAGAAACUAUAGUUAAUAACCUGAUGAAUGUUGUUCAAAGGAAAAAGUCGUUACCUGCUGGUGUUACUCUAGGGAGUUGCACUGUUCUUGAGACUGCAGGCAAUGGUGCUCUUCCCAUGCUUUACAAGGUCUUGGAAUCAGGCAUCUCAGGAAUCAACACAAAAAAUGAACAAGUUAUAUGGCUUCACUUGGGGGUUAACAGUGGAGCUCAAAAAUUUGCCCUUGAAAAGCAGGCUGUAAAUGAAGCCACUUUCCGAUGUCCAGAUGAGCUAGGAUGGCAACCUCAGCAACUCCCGGUUGUCGCUGAGGAUGGAGGAACUUAUCGGAAACGAGAGACGACUUGUUCUAUUGAAGCGAUCCUCAAGUUUUUAAAGAACAUGGGCUAUGAUGUGAGAAUAUCCGAUGAUGCUGGCCGUUUUGUAUGCAAUUAUGUCUACUACCACUCUCUCCGCUUUGCAGAGCAGAAGGGUCACAAAUCUCUUUUUGUUCAUGUUCCCAUCUUCUCGAAAAUUAAUGAAGAGACACAGAUGCAAUUUGCAGCUUCCCUUUUGGAGGCCAUUGCAUCGACCUGCUAAUGUUAAUAAGUGAUUUAUAUUGUUAUUUCAAAAUUUUUUGUGACUGUUUGUCCGCUGGUGUGUGCAUACCCUUAUUUUCAACCCAAAUGAUGCUUGCUUUCUGUGAGGCAGAUGAUUGUGCUAUAUUUAUGUAAAUAAUUCUCUUUUAUCUUAAAUUUAGUGAUAUAAAGGAUGAGACUUGGGGUUUCCUUUCCUCCCCACCA